GUCCUCGUGCGCAGUUGUCAACAAGAGUGGAAACGAGUUGUUUGCAGAAAAGUGUACUCCAGCAGAGAUGGUUAUCAUGUCGGACAUAUUUCUCCAGGAAGACAUCAACCAGGUGCUACGCAACAAGUUUGUGGUCAUCAUUGGCGAUUCAAUCCAGAGGGCGAUAUACAAAGACCUCGUGCUUCUCCUGCAAAGGAACAGAUACCUGAGUGACGCACAACUCCGGUCUAAGGGGGAGUUUUCAUUUGUGAACGAUGAGUUGGUAGAAGGAGGGAAGAAGGCCAAAAUGUGUAACGGAAAGGGUUACAGAGAGGUGCGACAGUUCCAGACCGACUACCACCUGGUACGCUUCUAUUUUGUCACACGUUGUUACAAUACCUACAUGGAGUCAAUCCUGGCUGACCUUUCAUGUGACCCCCAGCCUGACCUUGUCGUCAUGAAUUCCUGUCUCUGGGACAUCAGUCGGUAUGGAGCGUCAGCAGUAGACCAGUACAAAAAGAAUCUUGAGCGUCUUUUCACAAGGUUUGAGGAAACUCUUUCUAAGGGGUGUAUGGUAAUAUGGAACACCACCCUACCCAUUUCUAAGAAUGCCAAAGGGGGCUUUCUAGUACCAGAGGUAGAAUUUAUGAACAGUACUCUGAGGCUAGACAUCCUUGAAGCCAACUUCUAUGCUCGUCAGAUCGCUGUUGCUCAUAGCUUGGAUGUCCUUGACCUGCACUACUUUCUGCGUCACCAACUGCACCGUCGUGCCGAUGAUGGCAUUCACUGGGACAUGACUGCUCAUCGCCGCAUGACAAACCUUAUCAUGACGCAUGUGUGUGAGGCAUGGCGGGAAAAGCUCCCAGGAAGAGUGGACCACAACAAGAACGAGACCAAGCAGUUGUCACGGACUGUGAGCGUGGAGAGGGAGGAAUGUUUAGACAAGGGACGCUACAACAAUGCAAGGAAAGAGGAAGGCAGAAAUGUUCACAAAGACGAAAACUUCCGACUCGACAACCGUGUUAACGACAAAAACAGUGUCCGGGAAGAUCGAUGGAAUGGAAACUUUACUAAUUUCUCCAUCACCAGGAACACCAGCAACACCAGCAAUGCUCAGCAAACUUACCAAGAAUAUCUGGAUGAAAUUAACAGCAAUCGCAAUAAGUCCAGCCACAACCAGGCCUCCUAUGAGCCAAGCACUCGAUCCGGCAUGGCUGCAGUUCAAAACAGACCUGAAGCUUGUUCUCCAGCCAGUGUGAUACACGCAUUCAAACAGAUGGCGUCCGGCGAAUACCAAUGGCAGCCAUACCAACAGAAUUCAUAUCAGCCGCUGAGCCGAAAUGUGCCACACUACAGACAGACUCAGCGAGAAAACCCUUACAACAAUCGCUCAGUUAAGGUCGGCCAAAGCUGGUCCUCACAGUGGUAGGGUGUAGGAAGAUUAUCUGAUACUGCUGUUAUUGUCCCAGUAUCAUUGGCUCACAAUGGCUGGAGUUGGUUUCAUAUAUAUAUGUAGCAAUGAUGCAGGUCACACUUUUAUGCGGUAAUCUGUUACACACUAUUGCACAAGAUCACUGAUUUCUGUGUGAUUGUUUUUUUUCUCUUUACUGUUGAAGUUUUGCAAUUUUAAUCAUAAUAUACUCUGUACUAAAAUAUUGUCAUUACCCAGUAUCUCAUUGAUGUGCUGUGCCUAAUAUAUUGAAUUUUUGUGUCACAUAUGUAGAAAUGAAUGUGUUGUGUAAUACAUUAAUCUGUUGUAUGAGGAUGUGUAGUGAGUAUUAUAUUGAUUCGUGGUGUCAUAUACAUCGUGCCAUCUGUGGUGUCUGAUACAUAGAUGUGUUGUGUCCAGUACAUUGAUGUGUUGUGUGAUACUUUUAUGUGUUGUCUAAUACAUCGAUGUGUUGUGUGUAAUGUUUUGAUGUAUUGAUGUGUUGUGUCCAGUACGUUGAUAUAUUGUGUCCAGUACGUUGAUGUGUUGUGUCCAGUACAUAGAUGUGUUGUGUCCAGUACAUAGAUGUGUUGUGUCCAGUACAUUGAUGUGUCAUGUCCAGUACAUUGAUGUGUUGUGUCCAGUACAUAGAUGUGUUGUGUCCAGUACAUAGAUGUGUUGUGUCCAGUACAUUGAUGUGUUGUUUGAUACAUCAAUGUGUUGUGUAAUAUUUGGUAUGUGUUGUUUGAUACAUCAAUGUGUUGUGUAAUAUUUGGUAUGUGUUGUGUCUAAUACAUCAAUGUGUUGUGUAAUAUUUGGUAUGUGUUGUGUCUAAUACAUCAAUGUGUUGUGUAAUAUUUGGUAUGUGUUGUUUGAUACAUCAAUGUGUUGUGUAAUAUUUGGUAUGUGUUGUGUCUAAUACAUCAAUGUGUUGUGUAAUAUUUGGUAUGUG